AUGUUGAGCUCCAAAAAUGCGAGAAUCUAUUGGGCUGGAGGGAAUCCAUUGGGUGGGAAAGAAGCCUUGCUACCAUUGACCCGAGAAUUUGCACAUUUCUACAACAAGGAAGACCUUGCAUUGCCUGGGGAGCUUGAACCACUUUCAAAGAAAGCCUCUUUUAUGGCUGCCAUUGAUUACAUAGUUUCAGAGAAUAGUGAUGUUUUCAUGCCAUCCCAUGGUGGAAAUAUGGGCCAUGCUAUCCAGGUAUCGCCACCAUGCCUCUCAUUGUGA